AUCACCUCAAUCCUUAGCAUCAUCAUCUACUCUCUUCUUUCAUUUUAGGAUAGUUUUGCUGCAUCUAAGACUUGAUUGAAGUUCAAUAUGGAGAGUGGGGGUGCCAAACAAUCAAGCCAAAUGUUAGAAAAUGUGUGCUUUUUCAUUCGAAAGUGCAUCGUUUUAUUACUUUCUGCUGCUCCAGUACCUAGUCACAUUGCAUUUAUAAUGGAUGGAAAUCGAAGAUAUGCAAAGAAGCUAAGUUUGGAAGAGGGACAUGGGCAUAGGGCUGGCCAUUCUGCUCUCAUGAGCAUGUUAAAAUAUUGUUAUGAGUUUGGUGUGAAGUAUGUAACUAUUUAUGCCUUCAGUAUUGAUAACUUCAAAAGGAGCCCUGAAGAAGUUGGAUCCCUCAUGCACUUGAUGCAGGAAAAGAUUGAAGAAUUGAUUAAAGAGGAUACCACAGUGAACCGUUAUGGAAUUCGAGUAUACUUUAAAGGGAACUUAGACCUUUUGAGUGACUCUGUAAGAUCGGCAGCAGAGAGGGCUAUGGUAGCAACUGCACGUAACUCGAAAGCCACUCUAUCAAUUUGUGUUGCAUACACAUCAACAGAUGAGAUCGUUCAUGCGGUUGAGCAAUCAUGUGAAGAGAAAUGGUACAGAAUCAAUGGGAAAUCCCUAAAUUCAUCGCAAAAUUAUAAGCACUUGAACGGAAGUGAUAAGGUUGACAGUCUUAUAGCUAUAACAGAUGUUGAUAGGAACAUGUACAUGGCCGAUGUUCCUGAUCCUGAUAUCAUAAUACGUGCUUCUGGCGAAACUCGGUUGAGCAAUUUCCUACUGUGGCAGAGUGCAAAAUCCCUUCUCUACUCUCCCGAUUCACUUUGGCCAGAAAUAGGUUUCCGGCAUCUGGUGUGGGCAAUUUUGAAUUUCCAAAGGAAUGCCAGAUACCUUAAAGACGCAAAAGAGAAAGAAACGUAAUCCAAAGAUGCAAAUCUGGGUUCAGACUUGUUAUUUGUAGACCACACAGAAAUGGGUGUUAGAUAAUAAAGUGUAGGAUUGGUUCUUUUAGACCAUGUUGUAUCAAUGUGUUUUUAUUCUUAUUUUUUUUAUAAGAAUGUUUUUUUUAAUAAGAAAGGGGAGUAUUG